AUGCUAUUCAUUUUAUAUCUAAUAUUUUUCUAUUCUAUCAGUUUAGGACUGUGUGGUAAGUUUUUUGUUCAUUUUUUGAAAUGUUAACCUUGGGCAUCGAACAUCGCUUAUCCUAAUCUCCGUGAAGGUUACGAACAGUUCCUUCUGUUUUUCGAAAAAUUGAACAUCCGGUUAGCCAAAGAAACCAUUAGUAGAGUAGUUCUCGAGAAACGAAAAAAAUCUUGAAAGUUAAUGGAACAAGACAUUUUUCAGAUUCUUGUGAUUGUCCUGAUGUAAUCCGACCGGUUUGUGGAACCGAUAAUGUAACUUAUGAUAACUUAUGUGUAUUUCGAUGUGCACAAAAUAUUGAUAAGGAUCUUAUGUUUUUCUACAAUGGAACAUGUUGCUCACAAACUUUAUGUGAUCCAAGGAUAGAAACUCCAUUAUGUGAUAAUUUUGGGAAAACUCAUAUCAAUGAGUGCACAUUUUUGAAAUAUAGAUGUCUAAUGCAAAAAAGUAUGGGGCUCUCUUUAGAAAAAUUGUACGAUGGGCCAUGCCAAAAUAAAAAGUGUUCUUCAAAAUAUGAAUGUUCUCAACAAUAUGACCCAGUUUGUGAUAAUAAUGGUGAAAUUUAUAUAAACAUAUGCCUGUGAGUUUGACUUUGUUUUGUUUUUUUUUCAAGCUGACAUAAAUUUUGAUUCAGCUUCGAGAAACGGAAAUGUGAACUGGAGACAAUGAACAAAGUGAUCAUCCUCGCUGAAGAUCAAAAAUCGUGUACAAGCCGACAAAGACAAAAAAUGGCCGGUGUUGAAUUUUACACAUAUUCCUCUUACGUAGACGAUGAACAAACUAAAGAAGAACUUGUAUCAAUUGCUAACUCAACAACUACAAUCAUUCCGCCGCUAACAACCACCUCAAAAUCAGAUCAAAAAAUUGUAUUUCGAGAUUCGAAUGGUCAGGUCAGCUUUUUUCUUGACAGUUUUUCAGCCAUCAAUCAUUCAACUUAAUAAUAAUAAUUGUAAACAAUGCAGACAGAUUAGAUCUGAUUUAAAUCUAUACUUUUGUCGUAUUAUGGCAGAAGAUGCUGUUCAAGUUGAAAAAUGAGAGAAAAAAGAUUCUCAUCAACGAUUAGUUAGAAAAACUUUACAAUUUAAAAAUGGUCCAAUCGAGAAUUUUUGAGAAAAAAAAACUUAUAGGAUGGAUUGAAAUCUGAAACAAAAAAAUGUUUAAGUCUAUAAUUGUCUUAGGAGAGUUUAAAAUCCUACACCUGUCGAAUUUUUUAAAAGUGUUGAAUAAUAUUUCACAGCACAUCCUCAUUCAAAAAAGUUUCAUUUCCAGACUCCGACCCAAUUCAAUCAGAAGUGCAGUCUAUCAGAAUGUGAAAAAACAUGGAAUCCAGUAUGUGAUAGUCGUAAUCGAACACAUAAAAACGUUUGCCACUUCAAAUAUUAUGCUUGCAAGGUUUGUAUAAAAAUGUCUUUCUUUCUGUUACAAUAGCCAUAUCACUUUUACUUUCCAUCAAAUCCCUAAAAUGUGUUUGUCUGUGUUUGUAUUUUUUCUAUUGUGUUCCACUGAUGAUCAUUGGGAAAAAAUAAUAAUGCAUAUAUAUAUAGUUUUUCAGGUUAACGAGAUAAAUGGGAGUAGCAUUGAUAUCGCUAAUAUUGGAGCGUGUGUGACAAAUAAAAAUGUUUGUGCAACAUGUCCGAAAGAAGAACCAAUGAUACCUGUGUGCGAUAAUAGAAAUAUGGUUGGCUUUUGGGAUUCAAUUUAAAAUUAAAAAACAACUUUCAGACUCACCCAACUUUAUGCAGUUUUAUCCAAUUCAAUUGUGAAGCUCGAAAUAAACAUGAAGAUGAAAGAGUUCUUGUUCAUAUCAAAUCUUGUCAUCAACGAAGUCCACAAUUCGAUUUGAAAGAAGAAAUCUGUCCAAAAAUGUGUAGUCGAGAUUUGAAGCCAGUUUGUGAUGAGGCAAAUAAUACUCAUCAAAAUCUUUGUCAUUUUCAACAAUAUAAUUGUAAUAUGCGAAAACUUGGAAUUCAUGCACCAUAUCUUAGAUAUUUACGACCGUGUAUUACAAGAAAACUUGAUUUUGCUGUGGAAAAUAUUGAGAUCCAAGCGACAGUGUCAAAUGUUCAGAUGGUGAUGCAAACAACGCCUUCUGAAAAAACAACUUUCAUUGUAAGCACACCUGAGAGAGUAAAAAGUACUGAAACGUCAACCACAACCAUUUCAACAACAACAGAAUCUGAAGCAUUUUUCGAUUGUCCAAAACCAAAUUGUCCAACUGAUGGUCAACCUGUGUGUGACUCAAAAGGCAAUUUGCAUGGUAAUUUAUGUGAAUUUACAUAUUCUCGAUGUUUGGCUGCAACAAUUGGAGAGCAAUUACAUAUUGCUAAUGAAGAUAAUUGUGUAUCAAAAGAAGCUUGCCAAAUGCCCUGCACUGAUGAAAAACAUCAUAUUUGUGCAUCUGAUUUUUCGACUUAUGAUAAUUUGUGUCAAUUUAGAAAGCAAAAAUGUUUGGAUACAGAGUUGGAAGUUCUAUUCAAAGGUAUACUUUUAAAUUUUCAAAUGACUUUUUCAUUUCCAACUUUUGUAUACUUCUAUUAUUUCACUUUUGAUGCUUUAAAAAAAUUUAUUCAGGAAAAUGCAAUGAGUGUUUGGAUUCUCCGUGUGCUCAUCCACCAUUUGAUGCACCAGAUGAUUCAUUUGUCUGUCUUGAAGAUGGAUCAACAAAGUCUCUGUGCGAAUACCAAAUGUUGAGUUGUAUCUUUGAACGAGGUUAUGGCUUGAACCUCACUGUUCAAUAUGUGAGUGUUUAUUUUUUGAGAAAAGAUAUUGAAAUUCUCAAAUGUUCUGUUUUUUCCAGAUUGGUAAAUGUUGUGAGCGUGUUGAAACUUGCGAUGAAGAAAAAACUGAUCCAAUAUGUGCAUCAAAUAAUGUUACCUAUUUGACGGAAUGUGAAAUGAAUAUUGAGAAUUGUAAAUUCAGAAAAUUGGACCUGCCAUUGUUGACUGUAGAAAGACGAGGAAUUUGUGAGAGGUGAGAUUCAUGAAAAGUGAUUUUCUAAAUUCAAAAUGAAAAUGAACACAGUACAUUACAAUUAUUUCAUAUAUAUUUAUCCCAGUAUAAAAAAUGUGUCAUGAAUAUACUUAUAAUUUCUAGAAGUCAAGAAAUAUCCAUGGAUAAAUUGCAAAGUGAAUUCAAAAGAGGUAAGCCCCCCUCACAAAAUCUAAAAUGCUCAACUAUUUCAGAAAACCUUUUCGAUUGCAAAACAGAAUGUGAUAACUCAUAUGAACCACUUUGUGGAACUAACGGUGUCACUUAUACAAACCCAUGUUCACUUCAAAAAGAGUUAUGUAUGGAGGGAAGGUAUGAAUAUUGAAAACAUUCUAUUUUCAAAUUUUUCCACAUUCAUAUUACAGCGGUCGUGUUGAAAUUGCAUACACAGGAAUGUGUUGUGAUACUAAUUGCCCCAAUGACUUUAGUCCUGUUUGCGAUGAUCAAGGGAAAACUCAUCAAAAUAUCUGUCACUUUGGUGUGAAUCGUUGCAUUUUAGAAAGAUCUUUGGGAAGCUUAUUAUCUAUUGAAAAGUUUGGAAUUUGCACUGAUGUUAAAGAAUGUGCAAUUGAAUGUCCAAAAGAAUAUUCUCCGGUUUGCUCAACAAAUGGACAGAAUAUUAUAAAUGAAUGUGAACUUGAUAAAAUCAAUUGUCUUCUUUCACAUAAUAUAACAAUUGGAGAACUUUUAGUCAAAGAUUAUGACGGUACUUUUUUUCAAUUUUUUCAAAAAUUUCCAAAAUUUUACACCUUCAGGAGAAUGUUGUCGAUCUGAAAACUGUGACAUCACUGAAUUCUCACCAGUUUGUGACACUGAUGGAAUAACUCAUUCAAAUCUGUGUUUGAUGGAAAAACAUGCUUGUGUUCAAAAUAAGAAAUUUGGAAAGAAUGUUACUGUAUUGUAUAAUGUAAGUCCCUUUUUUUCGGGUUAAUAAAUUAGGCAGAAGAAAUUUGUUGACGGUAAUUUAAGGAUUAUUAACACCUGGCGUAGGAAGAAACAUAUCAUCAAAGAAUUCUGCAUUAGCCUUGAGUAAUAAAAUUAGGGUUAAAAGUAGAUACGAUCUCAGGUGCAAUUAGGUUAUUUUGCGAAGAAUAGGAUUAAUGCAGAUUUGGAAGCACUUGUCUACAAAAUAAUUAAUUUUUGAAAUUGAACAAUGAAAUUAAUUGUCUUAUUGUUAAUAAAAAUUAAAGUUUAUUGAGAUAUUCGAAAAUUCACUGCAUUUUCUUUGUCAAAAAAAAAUCUUAUUUCAGGGUCAAUGUUGUGCACAACGUUGCGAAAAUAUCACUGAGCCAGUUUGCGAUGGCAACACAACAUAUUCCAAUGUUUGUGAGUUCAAAAUUGCACAAUGUGAAGCACAUCGUAUCAAUAAAACUCUCACCAUUUCAUAUAAUGGGCAAUGUUGUCCUUUUGAAACAUCUGGAGAAUGUUCAACAUCAGGUCCGCUGUGUGAUUCCGAUGGUCAAACUCAUAAUUCACAUUGUCAUUAUCAACAGAAAAAAUGUAUUGAGGAAAGAGUGAGCGGUAAAACUUUGAACGUAGUUCAUACGGGAGAAUGCUGUUCACUUGCUGUUUGUCCGAAAUCUGGACAAUAUGUUUGCGAUUCUAUGGGCAGAACUCACGAUUCAAUUUGUCAUUUUCAUAAUGCAAAAUGUAUUUAUGAUAAGAUUCAUAAAACAAACAAUACAUUAAAUCUACAUUAUCAAGGUAAUUUUUUCGAAUAGUUUGUUCAUUUUUAAAACUUGUUUUUUUCAGGAAAAUGUUGUCCUGCUGGAUGUACUGAUGAAUUAUCAGUGACUUGUGAUCAACAUGGAAAUGUUUAUCGAAACGUUUGUUAUUUCAAUCUGAAAGCUUGUGAAACAUGGAGACGGACGCAAGAAGUGCUUUUAGCAACACCCUGUCCUUUACUUCGAACUUGA